CCUUGGAUAUUUGUAAUGGACUUCGUCCAGAAUUUGGAAAAGGAACCCCUGAAUUUUACAAGAAAUUGUCUUAUAGAUGUAUGGAUGCAAAUCCAAAUCAAAGACCAAAAGUCGAUGAAUUAUAUGAUACAAUGAGUUUUUGGUAUAUUUUUACUGAUGGUUAUAAAGCAUAUGGAUAUUAUGUUAAAGAAAUAAAGGAAGCAUUUGAAGAUGCAGAUAAAGAGAUACCAAAUAUUUCAAUUUUACGCAAAACGAAUCGUGAUGCUAUAUAUACAAGUAGAGCAUUUUCAUUUAAAAAUUUGACAAAGCCUAUUAAUUCGUCUCUUAUCACCUCAUAUCUUGAAAAGGAUGAGAAUAAUGAAGAAUAUCAAGAUUCUCAAUUAAUUGAAUUAGGAAUUUCUAGCUCAUUAUAA